GUGAGGAGGGGAAGUUCCUCUUUUCUUCCCGAGCACACAGGAGGCCUGCUCCCCUGGGACUGAGGAGCUGGCGCCAAGCUACCCUGGCAAGAGCGCCCCUCCAGGAAGCAUGAACAGGAAAGACAGCAAGAGGAAGUCUCACCAGGAAUGCACCGGGAAGCCAGGGGGGCGGGGUCACCCCCGCCCCGCCCGCCGCCACAAGACGUGCCCGAGCCCGCGGGAGAUCAGCAAGGUCAUGGCUUCCCUGCAUCUGGGCAUACUGAGUGAGGGUGGCUGCAGCGAGGAGGAGCUGCUGGAGCAAUGCAUCCAGUGCUUCGACUCAGCGGGCAGCCUGCGCCGCGGAGACCACGUUCUCAACAUGGCGCUGGCCAUGCACAGCUGGGUGCUGCCUUCCGCCGACCUUGCUGCCCGGCUGCUGACCUCGUACCAGAAGGCCACAGGGGACACACAGGAGCUGAGGCGGCUACAGAUCUGUCACCUGGUCAGGUACUGGCUGGCCCAGCACCCAGAGGCACUGCACCAAGAACCCCAUCUGGAAGAGGUUAUCAGCCGUUUCUGGGCCACAGUGGCCCGGGAUGGCAACUCGGCCCAGAGGAGCCUGCGAGACUCCAACCUCCUGAGCCCUGGUGGUCCCGGCCCCCCGCCGCCCAUGAACAGCCCAGGCCUGAGCAAAAAGCGCAAAGUAUCCUUGCUCUUCGACCACCUGGAGGCCAGGGAGCUGGCCCAGCACCUCACCUACCUGGAGUUCCGCUCCUUCCAGGCCAUCACGCCCCAGGACCUGCGGGACUACGUUUUGCAGGGCUCGGUGCGGGGCUGCCCGGCCCUGGAGGGGUCCGUGGCUUUCAGCAACAGCGUGUCCCGCUGGGUGCAGGUCAUGGUGCUGAGCCGCCCCGGGCCCGCGCAGCGCGCGCAGGUGUUGGACAAGUUCAUCCAGGUGGCACAGUGGCUCCGCCAGCUGCAGAACUUCAACACCCUGAUGGCAGUCACGGGGGGCCUGUGUCACAGCGCCAUCUCCAGACUCAAGGACUCCCACACCCACUUGAGCCCGGACAGCACCAAGGCCCUGCUGGAGCUGACCGAGCUCCUCUCCUCCCGCAACAAUUACGCCCAUUACCGCCGCACCUGGGUCGACUGCCGAGGCUUCCGGCUGCCCAUACUGGGUGUGCACCUCAAGGACCUGGUGUCCCUGCACGAGGCACAGCCCGACAGGUUGCCUGACGGCCGUCUGCACCUGCACAAACUGAACAGCCUCUACCUGCGGCUGCAAGAGCUGGCAGCCCUCCAGGGGCAGCGUCCGCCCUACAGUGCCAACGAGGACCUUUUGCACCUGCUCACGCUUUCCCUGGAUCUCUUCUACACGGAAGACGAGAUCUACGAGCUUUCUUAUGCCCGGGAGCCCCGCUGUCCCAAGAAUCUGCCACCCUCCCCCUUCAAAGCACCCCUGGUGGUGGAGUGGGCCCCUGGUGUGAUGCCCAAGCCAGACAAGGCCACUCUGGGACGGCACGUGGAGCAGCUGGUGGAGGUAAGCAGGGGACUGCGGGCUGGCCGUGGGGGUCUGGGAGGGAAGACUUCCAUCUGUAUAGCCCUGCACCUGGAGGAGGGGAGCGGAGGCCCUGGAAAACUUGGCCUUGGUCUGCCCUCCCGUGCCCUUGCGAAGUCUGUGUUCAAGAACUAUGACCCCGAAGGCCGAGGAACCAUCUCUCAGGAGGACUUUGAGCGGCUCUCAGGCAACUUCCCCUUUGCCUGCCAUGGCCUUCACCCACCUCCCUGCCAAGGGAGUGGCUCCUUCAGCAGAGAGGAGCUGACCGGGUACCUGCUCCGGGCCAGCGCCAUCUGCGCCAAGCUGGGCCUGGCCUUCCUGCACACCUUCCACGAGGUCACCUUCCGCAGGCCCACCUUCUGUGACAGCUGCAGCGGCUUCCUCUGGGGUGUCAUCAAGCAAGGCUACCGCUGUCGGGACUGCGGGCUGUGUUGCCACAAACACUGCAGGGACCAAGUGAAAGUGGAGUGCAAGAAGAGGCCAGGAGCCAAGGGCGAUGUGGGGCCCCCAGGGGCCCCUGUCCCACCCACCUCAGUCCCCCAUGCCAGCUGUGGUUCAGAGGAAAAUCUCUCCUACACGCUUUCCCUGGAAGCCGAGACUGGGUGCCACUUUCGCCACGCCUGGACCCAGACGGAGUCCCCACACCCGUCCUGGGACCCAGAGACGGGGACGACCCCGCCGGCCACCCCAUCACCCAAGCCGGACCCCUAGAUGAUGCCGCCGGAGCCCCCACCGUCCGGCCUCCUCCCUACGCUGCCUUUGAUGAAGGGUCCGUCACCUCUCACCCCAAAGAGAGCUCCUUGCUCCCUUCCUUCGCGUCCCAGUGGCUGUUCCGCAAGCUCCCUUUUCCUGUGCGGCCCCGUGCUGGCACACGCACACUCGGGCGUCUCCCCAGCUCUCCGUUUCACAGACGUGGAGGCCGAGGCUGCUGCCCCAGGUGGGCAGAACUCCCGAGGGUUGGAGGCAGCACUCAGACUCAGGCCCUCCGACCGCCUCCAAACCAGAAGCUCCGGACAAGCACGCCACACUGAGGGCAGCGGGGCCACAAGGGGCUGGCAUAUCCCGAGUGGGAGGGGGAGGGGACAGGGCAGGGAGCCCUGGACGCCGGAGUCCAGUCACACCCCUGCCUGCAGCUCCGUCGCACUCAGGGGAGAAGCCAAGUCCUCCCCGUGGCCCGCAACGCCCCUCUCCAUCUGCCCCCGUCACCUCUGACCUCGCCUCCCAGCCCCUCCCCACCGCACUCAUCCUGCUUCAGCUACACUGGCCUUGACGCCCUCUGAACAUGCCAAGAACACUCCUACCUCAGGGCCUUUGCACUGGCUGUUCCCGCUGCCCGGAACACACUUCCCUAGAGGCUCACACAGCUCCCUUUGGGAUUCUGCUCCAGGGACACCUUCUCGGUGAGGCCUCCCCUGACCACACUCCCCCCACCCCCACCCCAGCCCACUCCAGUUCCAAUCCCGCCUGGCCGCUUCACUGUACGUGCCUGCCCUGACAAACCGCGCGUUCCACCUGCUCGGCCCCUCCUGCCCAGACGUCACAAGCAGAGAGCGGGGACUCCCAUGUGUUUGGCUGCCGAGUCCUCCGUGCCUAGAGCGGGGCUGGCACAGGGUGCACCCCUGCGGAACGUCUGAGGAGCCCUGCCCACGCCC